UUCCCUCCUUAUCGGGAAUUUUUGGAACACCAAUUGAAGAAGACUUAACUUUACAUUUUAGUGAGGCUAUCAAAAUAACGUGGUUUCAAAUGUCGCAAAGGAAGUGCAAAGUAACCAGUGUAGCCAACGAUGACGAAAAAUCGGAAGCAAAGCAAACUUCUGACGCUGAAGAAGGAAGACAAGCUAUUCGCCGGGCAAACCAGCACCAAAAGCUCAUAAUAUCAGUACUUAUAUUUACGAUCAUAGCGUGGCUGGUGGGUAAGACUGAUAUUAGCAUAUUUUGGAUUUUUACACUGCUCGUAUGGAUCUUGUUUUGGUGGAAUAACACCGCUACACAUGUAAUAGACAGUGCUGUCAAAGAAGCAGAAAUUGAUAGGAGGCGACAAAAAGCAUUGUCGAAUGGAGAAACGGCAGAAUGGCUGAAUUUUCUGAUUAAUCGAUGGUUUGUUUUCAGCGACAGAUCAUUACUGAGCUCCAUCAAAAGAAACCUGGAGCCGAUCCUUAAGGCCCAGAAGCCAUCCUACGUAGGUUCCAUAGAGAUUCUGGAUUUCACCCUGGGCAAUAGAACACCUUACUUCAAAUACGUCACAUCUUAUGAUAACUAUGACGAUCAACGGAAUAUAAAAGCUACCGAGUUAAACUUUAAUCAUCCACCUGAUGAUCUGAUGACUAGAGGCAAAUACCAGGCAGUCAUUCAGCUGGAAGCCGGUCUGACCUCUCCAGAAGCAAGAUUCGUCAUAAGAAUCAGACUUGGUAACAAGGGGUUUCUUGGCGCCUGUACUGAUGUAGCAGUAGAAGAUCUUCACAUUCACGGCAAACUGCAGCUGGUGUUGCUGUUUAAUCAAAAUAUUCCCUUUCCUCAUCUGGCAGCUGUAACAUUAUUCUUCACCGAAGAACCAGACGUAUCUUUCAACAUUCGUCUCCUGAAGGCUGUACAACUAAUGGAGUUUCCCCUCCUCAGACAAUGGAUCACACAAAUGGUCAACGAUUACCUAAAACUAGCUUUGGUAGAUCCUGGCCACAUAACAAUUCCAUUUUGCGACGAUCCUGAGGUUGUCGGAAGAGGAGCAGCAUAUGCAUGCGGUGUUCUUACUUUGACAAUCAGCGGAGGAUCUCAUGGAAAACUAACAGAUGAUCCUUACUGGUGCUCUGUUAAGAUUGAUGGUCAAAAGCGAUACACCAAGGAAGUGACGGGAGAAAAUCAAUGGAGUACUAACGUAUCAUUGUUGGUGUAUAAUCUGCAUGCUGACAAGUUGGUAAUCAAAGUGAAAGGACGAAGAAAGCUCGGCACCAAGUACACUGUGGUUGAAUAUGUCCUGUUCCUUUCAAAGUUUUGUUUGGAGAGCAAUCCUCAGCAUGAUCAAGUGCUCGAAAAGUCGUCUUUAAAACCGGCUACCCUAACAGUGCAGAUGGAGUACACACCUCUUCCAGUGAUUGACGUGUGCCACUCAUUAACCUCUGAGGACUUUGGCAGAAUCUAUUUGAGCAGACUACGAAAUCUCCACCCGAAUGAAGUUUCAGGAGUUCUACUCGUCUGUGUUCACAGCGGUCAAGGCCUGGUUCCCAUGGACAAACAUGGACGCAGUGAUUCGUAUUGUGUAAUUUAUGAAAACGGAAGACAGGCCAAGCGCGGGGAGGCCGUGAAAGGGACCCUGAGUCCUGUUUGGGACACUAUGGUUGAAAUACUUGUUGCUGACUUUACACAGAACUGAUUGAAUGAAGCGAUGAACACUGGGAGCCCUUUCUUACUCUUUUUACUCUUUCGUUCCCAGGUAUCACCUGUGCUAUUUAAGAAAAACCUGGACUUACUGUAUAAAGUUAAAGGCUCUGGAAUGAUGAAGGCGGGCAAGCUGUGUGUGUCCGCCAUUUUUAGACCUGCUCCAUCGGUGGCCAAGUCUGAAAUGAAAGAAAAUGGCCAAGGUCUACCAGAAGGAGAACCUCCUGGUCAAAAGGAUGCUAAGACUGAGAUACAGACACUAGAGGCUUUGCUGCGUGCAGAACGAGGAAGCGUCGAAAUCAACAUUUACCAGGGACGUAAUCUGGUAGUUAAAGAUAUUACUGGUAAAAGUGAUCCGUUUGUGACAGUAAAGGAUGGAAGUGAAGGAAGAGAGAAAUAUAGAUCACGGACCAUCACCAACACGUUGGAACCCGUUUGGAGUGAGACAGCUGUUGUAGCGAUGCCCGAUGUGAAUGGACUCCUGUUACUGGAAGUGUGGGAUAAAGAUCCAUUGUCACAAGAGAGAAUGGGACAGAUAGGAUUUACAACUGAGAAACUGAAAGAUUUAGGAAAGCCUCCCUAUGAGAAGCGCUGGUACAGGCUGCGCGGGGUGAAAAGUGGAGAGCUACAACUGGCGUUCAAAUACACUCCUCCGCAAGCAGAUGAUGACACCUCCAAUACUAACAUAGGCAGUAGUGAGCCCCGACAGCACAGAGGUCCGUUUUUACUGAGUGCCAACGGCACUUUGUCGACUCCAGUGAGAGUGCUUCAUUCUUCACCUAACGAGGAAAAGGAACCACUCAUUGGUAGAGGCCCGACAUCCAUUAGCGGUACCACUCAAUCAAUGGGAAGAGACAAAGGAGGUAACGAUGAAUUCCCAGAGGUUUUCACACAAAAUACACCAGCUAAUUUGCAAACAGGGCAGGAUCGAGAAGAAUACGAACUCAAAGCCUGGCCCAGGAAAACGCGACGCCUUCGAUCAGUUGUUGACACCGUUAGAUCUCUUCGGUUUAACACAGCUCCCAGUGUCUCAGCGGCUUCUUCUAGCACGGUGAACACCUCGGGGCCAGAAGAGGGCAUUGGACAGAAGGUAGAAGGUAAAGACAAAUCCAAGAGCUCUUCAGGCGCUCAAAAAGGCAAUUCUAUCCGCAAGAAGUUCUCUUUUCUGAAGGGCCGACAGCGCAGCAUCAGCGAGAGUCAUCUGAGUGUGCUUUACUCAUCACAUGACGAUAUAGACCCGUUACUAAAGCGAAAAAGUGAAAACGAAUCGGACGGAGGCAAAAAUCGCUUCAAGAAACGUCUCCGGCGAAGCAGUGAGAAUAUUACUGGGUCUACCACGCUAAGUCGUCAAAGGAGUGUCGUGAAAAACUUCCAUUCUCUGCCAAAUAGCCCUGUCACGAUUACUUCACGAAGAGAUCUGUCUGAACAGUUGACUGACCAUAGAGACUCACGAAGCACUGCGUCUUGCAGCUUAAACUCGCGUGAUUCGAGUACAAAUCAAGAAAGUUGUCCAAUGUGUGACUAUAACGUUUUAAUUCUUAGUGAAUGUCCCGAUUGCCAGAAUUCGCAGAAGAAAAAAAUCAAUUCUUCAUUCUCAGAAAGACUGAUUCUUUAGAAAACAUAUUUGUGUUCUAUGGGAUUUUCGUAGAGGCGACAGAUUAUGCGAGCAAGUGUGCUCAACGAGAAAACUUAAGAACUGUAAACGACCUGCAGAAAUGAUUAACACAUUUUUAAUAUGUUAAAGCAGCUUUUACUGAAAGUGCAAAAACCAUGAACGUUUUAUUUAAGAACUUUUCGAUAAUUACUUGUAAAAUGUUAAUUAAAUGUGAUAUAUUUGCUGUAUUCAGCUUAACAAACUCCUGAAGCGAUUAGUCUUGUGACGCUUUGAAGAACAAGGUAUAAAUAAAUUUUUGCAAGACAGAAAUGUUCAGGCGACUAAUAAAACUCCAGCAUCAUCAAUUAAAGACUAUUAAAUUGCUAUAAAAGA